GCUGCCACAGACCUGAGUUGCGCAGGGGAGACGGAUCUCACCCUGGCACCAUGAGCUGGCUCCUCCAAACCCUCUGCUUGCUCCUGCUCGUCCCCUCCUGCCCCUGUGCCGUCAUCACCGGGGCCUGUGAACGAGACCUGCAGUGUGGCAGCGGGACCUGCUGUGCCGUCAGCCUCUGGCUGCGGGGGCUGCGGAUGUGCACUCCCCUGGGACAAGAGGGGGAUGAGUGCCACCCUUUCAGUCACAAGGUCCCUUUCUUCGGGAAGCGCCAGCACCACACCUGCCCCUGUUUGCCCAACUUCAUAUGCUCUAAGUUCCUCGACGGCCGCUACCGCUGCUCCCUCGACUUCAAGAACAUUGAUUUUUAGGGCACUGCUCGCGGCUCCCUGGCUGUGAGUCCCCAACACCCAUUUCUUGCCCUCUCCCAUGGCCAUCAGGUGCCCACAUAGCACCAGGCAGCUUUAAAAGUGCUUUUCCAAGGCAGACAGUGCUGUUAUAAGCUAUAUGUCGUAUGGGGAAACUGAAGCACUGGUGGGUCAUGCUGCUCUGACAUUUGGUUUAGCAAAGCUCUGCCCCAGCCCAGAGCAGGAUCCGGCUCCAAAUCCUCUGCAGAGGACAGGAUCGAGUUGUGUAGCAAUUGUCUGUGGCUUCAAAAAUCCCUUUCACAAGAUGUUG